AUGGAGCCUAUGGGUAAUGUAUCCCUGAAUCACACGCUUUGCCCAGGCAUCAGCGAAUUCGUGUGGCCCUCCAGCAGCGAUAAGGAGCUGGCGACGAUGAUGGCCCCCUUAGCCGGGGCCGUCGACGGAGUUCUUUGUGGUCACAGUGGCAUUCCGUUUGCGCGCCUGAUACCCGGCAGCGAGCAGGGAGAUACGAGACUCUGGCUGAAUGCUGGAGUCAUCGGCAUGCCGGCGAACGACGGCACCCGGCGCGUUUGGUACGCUCUCUUGGAGCCUUCUCAAGAUGGCUUGAAGAUCAGUUUGCGAUCCUUCAACUAUGAUGCGGAAGGAGCCGCCAAUUCGAUUCUCGCCCACACGAACUUGGUGCGGGGAUACGCUGACGCUCUGAAGACAGGCAUUUGGCCGUCACACGACAUUCUGCCGGUGGAGGAAGCAAUGGCUUCAGGGGUGGCCAUCCGAGACAAGGAGCACUUCUGGCCCAACCCUCCGACGAAGACCAGGACCCUCUGGCCCCUAGUGCUGGUAGCCUCUGGCCUCGCAGCGGUAGCCGCUGUGGCUCUGGCCCGGCGGAAGCAGUGA